AUGAUGUGGCAUGUCAAAAAUGGUGAGGCAGAACUUCUUAGUGCUUCAUCCCCGGAAUCGUCAGCUUCAUCAACCACAUCUGAUUCGGCGACAUUCAGCCCAACAGUUGUUGUGCUUGCUGACGCAUCGAAUUUCACUGUCAAGGUAAUAUCUGGGGACGAUACCACAGUCGAUGAAAGUCAAAUGACUUCACCGUGUGAUGCAGUGGUAACGAUGCUGGAGCAGUUUGGUGAUUUGUAUCGACUGGGCGCUGCGCCAGCUUUUUUGUUAUCGUUCAUCGAGGAUUGUUUAAGCGAUAUUCUGGCGCGAUCACUGUCAUUGGUUGAACUACUAGGCGGUAGCACGAGCAGCGUCAAAGGCAGAACACAGGUUACGCCCGCUACUAUCACUGCUGAUCGUGUCGUUAGUGUUGUUGGCUGUGAUUAUUCUGACUUGCGUCUUAUUGUUAAUGUGGCUGCUGUUUACUAUCCUUCCGUUUUACAGUCUGUUGUGUGA